AUCCAGUCGCUACCAGAGAGGAGCGCAGGGGAGUGCCCUGCGCCGCGGACAGCCGACACGCAGCCUCCUCCUCCUCUUCUUCCUCCUGCCUGCGCCGAAGCCGGACUCCUCCGCCGGGGAAACUCCUCCGAUUCUCAGCUGUUAUUGUCGCUGUCAGAGCCCUGUCUGCAUCCUCCACCAGCCGGCUGCACAGCAAAUCGACCAGCGGUCCUCUCCGGUAGGCCUGACGCAAUAGCAUCAUGGAGGAGUUAGACGUUCCACAGAUGAGGAGAGAAGUGGAAAGCCUUCAGUAUCAGCUGGCAAUCAACAGAGAGAAAUCCUCCAUCACCGUUACUGAGCUGGUGAAGUGGAUCGAGGGUUGCGUUUGUGAAGAUCCAUUUCUGAACCCGGAGCUGAUGAGAGCCAACCCCUGGGUGGAGAAGGGCAAGUGUGUGAUCCUCUAAUGAUCACACACACACAUACACACAAGCGCGCGCACACACACACAAUCACAGAUGCAUAUACACUAAAGAAUCAUGCACACCCAGACACACUGCACAAACUCACUCAUCUACCCCCUCUCUCACGCACACACAUACACACACACACACUAUUGCUAUUAUCAUGUUUAUUUAUUGGGAGACUCCUGAAUGCUUUUAAUUUAUGUCCAGACUACGGUGUGUGUGUGAGUGUACAGCACUGAGUAGCUUUCUAGAGGUCUGUUUUGACUGCUGAGAAAUGUUCAACAACACGUUUUUAUUGGCUCUUUACACUGUCAAUCAAAAUAAAGACUGUUUUGAAUUUAA